GGAUAUGCCUUCAAGCCUCCGCCGAGGCCCGACUUUGGGACCUCCGGGAGAACAAUCAAGUUGCAGGCCAAUUUCUUCGAGAUGGACAUCCCCAAAAUUGACAUCUAUCACUAUGAAUUGGAUAUCAAGCCCGAGAAAUGCCCCAGGAGAGUGAACAGGGAGAUAGUAGAGCACAUGGUGCAGCACUUUAAAGCCCAGAUCUUCGGCGACCGGAAGCCGGUGUUCGACGGGAGGAAGAACCUGUACACGGCGAUGCCGCUGCCCAUCGGGAGGGAGAAGGUGGAGCUGGAGGUCACGCUGCCGGGAGAAGGCAAGGACCGCAUCUUCAAGGUGUCCAUCAAGUGGGUGUCGUGCGUGAGCCUGCAGGCGCUGCACGACGCACUUUCCGGGCGGCUGCCCAGCGUCCCGUUCGAGACGAUCCAGGCCCUGGACGUGGUCAUGAGGCAUUUGCCAUCCAUGAGGUACACGCCUGUGGGCCGCUCCUUCUUCACCGCGUCCGAGGGCUGCUCCAACCCUCUUGGCGGGGGCCGGGAAGUGUGGUUCGGCUUCCACCAGUCUGUCCGACCUUCUCUGUGGAAAAUGAUGCUGAAUAUUGACGUGUCAGCGACGGCAUUCUACAAGGCGCAGCCAGUAAUCGAGUUUGUGUGUGAAGUUCUGGAUUUUAAAAGCAUUGAAGAACAACAGAAACCUCUGACAGAUUCCCAAAGGGUCAAGUUUACCAAAGAAAUCAAAGGUCUGAAGGUGGAGAUAACGCACUGUGGGCAGAUGAAGAGGAAGUACCGCGUCUGCAACGUGACCCGGCGGCCCGCCAGCCACCAGACGUUCCCUCUGCAGCAAGAGAGCGGGCAGACGGUGGAGUGCACGGUGGCCCAGUACUUCAAGGACAGGCACAAGCUGGUUCUGCGCUACCCCCACCUCCCGUGCCUGCAAGUGGGACAGGAGCAGAAGCACACCUACCUUCCCCUGGAGGUCUGCAACAUAGUGGCCGGACAGAGAUGUAUAAAAAAAUUAACGGACAAUCAAACCUCAACUAUGAUCAGAGCGACCGCCAGGUCUGCGCCCGAUCGGCAAGAAGAGAUCAGCAAGUUGAUGCGAAGCGCGAGCUUCAACACAGAUCCGUACGUCCGCGAGUUCGGAAUCAUGGUGAAAGACGAGAUGACGGACGUGACGGGGCGGGUCCUGCAGCCGCCCUCCAUCCUGUACGGGGGCCGGAAUAAGGCGAUCGCCACGCCCGUGCAGGGCGUGUGGGACAUGAGGAACAAGCAGUUCCACACGGGCAUCGAGAUCAAGGUGUGGGCCAUCGCCUGCUUCGCGCCCCAGCGCCAGUGCACGGAAGUCCACCUUAAGUCCUUUACAGAGCAGCUGAGGAAGAUCUCGAGAGACGCGGGCAUGCCGAUCCAGGGCCAGCCGUGCUUCUGCAAGUACGCGCAGGGGGCCGACAGCGUGGAGCCCAUGUUCAGACACCUGAAGAACACGUACGCCGGGCUGCAGCUGGUGGUGGUGAUCCUGCCCGGGAAGACGCCCGUCUACGCUGAAGUGAAGCGCGUCGGGGACACGGUGCUGGGCAUGGCCACGCAGUGCGUGCAGAUGAAGAACGUGCAGAGGACCACGCCGCAGACGCUGUCCAACCUCUGCCUGAAGAUCAACGUGAAGCUGGGCGGCGUGAACAACAUCCUGCUCCCGCAGGGCAGGCCCCCCGUGUUCCAGCAGCCGGUCAUAUUUCUGGGUGCAGAUGUCACUCACCCACCCGCUGGGGAUGGCAAGAAGCCCUCGAUCGCUGCCGUCGUGGGCAGCAUGGACGCCCACCCCAACCGCUACUGCGCCACCGUGCGGGUGCAGCAGCACCGGCAGGAGAUCAUCCAGGACCUGGCCGCCAUGGUGCGCGAGCUGCUCAUCCAGUUCUACAAGUCCACGCGCUUCAAGCCCACGCGCAUCAUCUUCUACCGCGACGGCGUCUCCGAGGGCCAGUUCCAGCAGGUUCUCCACCACGAGCUGCUCGCCAUCCGCGAGGCCUGCAUCAAGCUGGAGAAGGACUACCAGCCGGGGAUCACCUUCAUCGUGGUGCAGAAGCGGCACCACACCAGGCUCUUCUGCACGGACAAGAACGAGCGGGUCGGCAAGAGCGGGAACAUUCCAGCGGGCACGACCGUGGACACGAAGAUCACACACCCGACCGAGUUUGACUUCUACCUGUGCAGCCACGCCGGCAUCCAGGGGACAAGCAGGCCCUCCCACUACCACGUCUUGUGGGAUGACAAUCGCUUCUCUUCCGAUGAGCUACAGAUCCUGACCUACCAGCUGUGUCACACCUACGUGCGUUGCACGCGCUCCGUCUCUAUCCCGGCGCCGGCUUACUACGCUCACCUGGUCGCCUUCCGCGCCAGGUACCACCUGGUGGACAAAGAACACGACAGCGCUGAAGGAAGCCAUACCUCUGGGCAGAGCAACGGGCGAGACCACCAGGCCCUGGCCAAGGCCGUGCAGGUCCACCAGGACACACUGCGCACCAUGUACUUUGCUUGACGUGUUUUCGUGUCCGGCGAUUGUCACGUGAGACCAGCCACACUCAGACCACAGAGGCCCAGCCCUCCCCGACAGCCAGCACCGGGCAGCCGACCGGAGACGCCACUGGUUUUACCCGAUUCUCCAUUUUCCAGAAUGCCUUCCGUCCCAGAUUUCAACUCGGAUUUUGAACUGCAGGCCUGUAUGAGACCCCACCGCCGUAGGAAAUGUGGUUUGCCAAAAUCUAUGAGCUGCUGAUUAAAAGUAGAGUCCCGUGUCUCCUAAAAUUCUCCU